GCUGUGAUUGGAGAGCUUGGGCGGGGGGCGUGGGUCGCAGCGCGGCGGCAGCGCGAGGAUGAAUGAGGCGGAGGGGCUGCGGCAGCGGCGGCCGCUCCGCCCGCAGGUCAUCACCGAGGACAGCCCGGCGCAGGAGGCCAAGGAGGGCAGUACUUACAGUGGCAAGGUGUUCCGGGUCACCUUCCUGACUUUGGCUGCGUCUCUAACUGUGCCUCUACUUGGAGUAACUGUUCUGCUGGAUUGUCCUAUAGACCCUCAGCCUAUAAGUUUGAAGGAGCCUCCCCUCCUGACGGGCGUGCUAGAGCCCAACGUCGAGUUACGAAAAGCUGAGCGGCUAUGGGAAAACCAGCUGGUUGGACCGGAGUCCAUUGCCAAUAUUGGGGAUGUGCUGUUUACUGGGACAGCUGAUGGGAAGAUUAUCAAAAUUGAAGAUGGAGAAAUACACACAGUAGCCAGAAUUGGCCAUGGUCCAUGUGGAACCCAUGAAGAUGAGCCAACGUGUGGAAGGCCGCUUGGCAUCAGGGUGGGGCCAAAUAACACCCUUUUUGUGGCAGAUGCUUAUUAUGGACUCUAUGAAGUUGAUCCUGGUACAGGUGAAACAAAAAUGCUUGUGUCCACCAAAAUGCCAAUUGAAGGCCAGAAGUUAGCAUUUGUGAAUGAUCUUACAGUGACCCGAGACGGGAGGAAAAUCUACUUCACUGAUUCCAGUAGCAAAUGGCAAAGACGGGAUUACUUAUUCUUGCUUAUGGAAGGCACAGAUGAUGGACGGCUACUUGAAUAUGACACAGUAACGAAAGAAGUGAAAGUCUUAAUGGUGGGGCUGAGGUUUCCCAAUGGCGUCCAGCUAUCUCCUGCAGAAGAUUUUGUCCUGGUCCAGGAAACAACCAUGGCUAGAAUUAGAAGGUAUUAUGUGUCUGGGCUGAUGAAAGGUGGAGCAGAUAUGUUUGUUGAGAAUAUGCCUGGUCUUCCAGAUAAUAUCAGGUUAAGCAGCUCUGGAGGAUAUUGGGUAGCUAUGGCAGCUGUCCGGCCCAAUCCUGGAUUUUCUUCAUGGGAUUUCUUGUCUGAAAAGCCAUGGAUUAGAAGGCUGAUAUUUAAGUUGCUGAGUCAGGAAACCGUGACAAAGUUUGUGCCCAAAUAUAGCCUUGUUGUUGAACUUAGUGAGACGGGAUCCUACAGAAGAAGCUUUCACGAUCCAAAUGGAAUGACGGCAGCAUAUGUUAGUGAGGCACAUGAGCACAAUGGAUAUCUCUACCUGGGCUCCUUCCGCUCUCCGUUUAUUUGCAGACUCAAUCUUCAGCACGUUUAACUGUCCAUCCAUGAUAACAUGCCACUGUCCUAGAAUGCUCCAGAGGUACGAAGGAAGAAUGGGUUUGAGGCAGUGUGGACAAAAAGUGAAAGACAGUCUGUUAACGUGUGAUGACACAUUAUGUUGCCAUAGGAAAAUGCGCAGCUCACUGCAUGCGUGCUCUUCCUUGUUUUAACUGCCUUUGCUUUGGAAUCAGCACAUGUAAUUUAGUAUCUGAGGAGUGUGGUGAGACAUCUUCAUACUCUUCAAAAGUUAUAUGCUCCUUAAAGAAAAUCCAUUGCUAUUCCACACACAAUCCUGUUUGGCGUCAUUUUAAACAGACGUCAUGUGUCACCUGUAAUGCAACUGUCUUACACUGGGAGGAUUUGUGAUGUAUGGAAUCAAAUUUUGUAUGAUUUGGAUUGAAGAUCGUGUCUUGCAUGUGUUUAUUUCUGGUUUAGAACCUCCUUUUUAGGAGUGAUUACAGUGAAUGUUCCAAUGUCAUACAAUGGUGCUGUGGUAGAGGCAGCAAUAUCCAGAACACACCUAGAUAUAUAGUUACGCCAUUCAGGUUUCUUCAAUUCCAGCCUCUGUAAUCAACAUCAGAAACCACAAUUAACUGUUAAUCAACAUGCAGAAUCAAAUUUGAUCAUUAUGUCUGGACUGCUGUGUUUCUUGAUAGCAUUGUAGUCGGCUAAUGAAUGAAAGCUGCAUUUUCUCUUUUAUUAAAACCAAUUCCAGUGGGGUUAAAAAGGGUCACUUGUAUUUCCUUUGUGUUUACCGGAUCCUGUAAAUCAGUAGUGGCCAUUUGUGAGGGACAUGGGAGGGAAGAGGGUGAGCUGCAGGAAUCCUCUUCAGUGUGUGUUUUAUGGAGAACUAAUAAAGGUUUUGGGACAGGUUGGUAUCUGAAGAUGAAUGUGGACUGAAAGGGCCCCAGUAAAAUCUGGUAAUAGUGGAUGAGGAAGGCUUUGGAAUGUGGUAGUAGCUCAUGGAUGCUUUCUGGCAUCUUUGGAUGAAAUGGUUUACUUCCUCUGUUAACAGAUACUCUGCUUGGUAAAUGCAAAGAAUGCUUUUCUGUCGACUACUACUAAGAAAAAGUUGUUUUGUUACAUUUAAAGUAAAAUACUUUGUCUUGAAGAACUAGAGGGGUUACUUCAGCAGCUGUGUGAUUUAGUGGAUUGAUUCCUGCUCUGAGAUUGUAGACUUCGCUGCUCUUUUUCUUCCUGCCACUGGGUGAUAGUCAAAC